GUCAAUAAUUCUGAUACUCGGCAUUCAGUGCGUAUACACAACACAGUACAGCCCUUUGAGCCUACGUGGAAACGCACAAUUUUCAUCGUAAACACAAUGCAAACGUUUUUUUUUAACAAAUACAUUUCCUAGAAAUUAACAAUACGGCAUUUUGUAAUCAUGAAAUUGAUAGGAGUUUUAGGUUUAUUGACAUUAAUCGCAUUGAAUGUUGACAUUGUGUCGGCAUGGGACCAAGACGAGAUAGAAAUAUACGAUUUGGUUGAAGAAAUUGGUAUUGAGAAAAACUUUUACACCAUCCUUAAAGUUGAACAGACAGCCACAUCAGCUGAAAUUCGUAAAGCAUUCCGUCAAUUAUCGGUUGUACUGCAUCCAGACAAAAAUGACGCUGAAGAUGCCAAUGUUCAGUUCCGGAAUUUAGUUUCGGUUUAUGAAGUCCUCAAAGAUCCAUCCAAACGUGAAAAGUACAAUAAAGUGCUGAAAGAUGGUUUGCCCGAUUGGAGAUCAGCCAUGUAUUAUUAUCGGCGCUAUCGCAAAAUGGGUCUGGCCGAAAUGGUCGGUUUGGUAUUUGUCAUUUUCACCAUUGGACAGUAUAUUGUUGCUUGGGCUGUUUAUGCCGAAAAGAAAUACACAGCGGAAGAGAUUUUCGGCUCAAAACUCCGAAAAUUGCAGAAAAAAAAUAAAACUGCUGUGAACAUAGAUGAAUUGUUGAAUCAAAUACCGACACCGAGCAUAAAGAAUACGCUUCCAUUUCAAAUAGUUCGCGGUGUUUGGAACACUCCACGGACAAUCAAGAAUUUCUUCACCGAUAUUAACGAGUACAAAGAGCAAAUGCGUGAGGAAAAACGAAGAGAGGCUGAGGAAGCUGAACAACAGCGAUUACUUGAAGAAGAGUUGGCCAAAGAAAAGGAAGCAAAGAAAGAAGGAAUGCGAAAGCGAAAGCCCGCAUUCAAAGCCACGGAGAAGACCGAUGAAGAGCUGAAGGGAUAUUCAAAAUUGAAUAUGAAUUUGACAAAAGGAACCGGUGUGAAGGCAGUCGAGGCAAAGGCGCCAGUGUUGAGUGGUGGUUUUUGGACGGAUGAUGAUUUGUCCGAGUUAACGCGGCUCACGAAAAAGUAUCCAAAUGGCACUCUGUCCCGAUGGGAAGUGAUCGCUGGACAUAUGAAUCGAUCUGUGCACGAAGUGACGUUCAUGGCGGCCAGACUAAAAGAGCCAGGCCAGCGACCUGACAGUGUAGCCGAAGCGAUCGUUCAAGAAGCUACGAAGAAAGCGAAAAAAAUUGCAACCGAUGACAAAGCUCAACCAGCAGAGGCCGUAUGGUCACAGGAGCAACAGAAACUUCUCGAAACUGCCAUAGUUAAGUACCCAAAGACGACUGCUGGCGAUCGAUGGCAAAAGAUCGCAAACACGGUACCAGGAAAAACGAAAGAAGAGUGUUUGGCUCGCUACAAGUAUCUUGUACAAAAAGUCAAAGAACAGAAAUUGAAAGAGGCAUCAACGCAGCUAGAGGCAGAAGAAAAGGUAGAAAAAUCGGAAACAGAAAGAGUUGAAAGUGUGGAGCAGCCAGAGGAAGAAGAAGAAGAAGUCAAAGAUGAAGCCGAAGAAGAACCCGAACCAGAACCAGUUGCUGAAAAGAAAAGUGGCGGCAAACCACGAAACAAACGAAAAGAACGCAAAAAGCGAAUGGAGUUCUCAAGCGAUGAAGAAGAUAACUAUAGUUAUGAGUAAAACGAUGAAAAAAUUUCACUUUUGAGUGUAUCAAUAAAACGAAUUUCAAAUC